UGAUGGUAGCGUGGGGAAAGUUUGAUCUUUUCCUCGUCCUCGCUCUCUAACCUGAGGAUCGUUUCUUUGUUUCUUCUGCGUGAGCGUUCUUGACUGAAGGAACGCAAAGGUGAUACGGUAUUUUUCUCCUUGUCUUUGAUCAAGGAUUUGUAAAUUCUAAUGUCUUUGAGGAUGGAAACAUGAUGAGUUGGAAGCGUGCAAGAAAGUGCUGUAAUACCAGAUGGACAAUGUGUGACAAUAUGUUAUUGUCGUGAUAACAAAGCACAAAGACGUAAAAUAUGGCGGGCCAAAGAUUAAAACUGCUUCCGUGGCUGUUUUGUCGACGCGCGCAAGCUUAUAAUUCUUGAUGAUAGCAACGAUUCAUACGGAAGUGGUUGGAUUGACACACGCAUUGGUACUUUGUGUCGCGCCAAGUUGCCGAGAAAGCAUUCAGAGAAGAUAUUAGAGAAAAAGCAAUUAAAAGAAUUUGGGGGCCAUUUUCUCGCUAGAAAACACGACGCUGUGUCACAUUCCUUGAGAUUCCCUGACACUUUUUAUCGCCAAAAAAAAGAGAAAAGAAGGAGAAAAAAUCAUGAGUGAGGAAGGAGUGAGCUUUUGAUCCAGGGCAAAGAAUUUGCGCCUCGCCUUAUAUGGGCGAGAGGGCGCGGCGGCACAGAUGCUCUUGAUCCAUGGAUCCUCGCGGCCCAGCUCACCUGACCACGGCAAUGCGGCGGCGGCGGCGGCGGCGGUGGCGCCCUGCCAGGAUCAGGGCAGCGGCAGGAUGGACGAUGCCGAGUUUAGCGCGGCGCUGGAGAUGAUGCUUUGCUCGCCGCAAGAGCAGGGAGGCGGUGGGAACGGGUUGAUGAAGAACGAGGUGGAGUGGGCGCAGGAGGGAUGGACCAGCUUGCUCAAUCCCAGCGACGGCGGCGGCGAUGGCGAGGAAUCAUCCAGCAAGAAAGGGGUGGUGGUGCCACAGUUUGUCCAGGUCCGGGACAAUUCCGGGAGCGCUACUCCCAGCAAUAGCAGCAGCUCGGGUGGGAGUGGAAUCUCUCCGAAUCUCAAGCAGCGCUUGCGGUGGACGCCGGAGCUUCACCAGCGAUUCGUGGAGGCUGUGGCUCUCCUCGGCGGCCCCGAAACUGCUACCCCAAAGUCGGUUCUUAGCGUCAUGGCGGUGCCGGAGAUCACCAUUUACCACGUCAAGAGCCAUCUCCAGAAGUAUCGACUUAACAAGCAAAUCCCUGAGGACCCCGAAGGAGCUCCCAAGCCCGAGAAGAAGAAGCUCACAUUGAACAAGUUGGCCGAAACCACAGCGGUGACGGAAAACCUCCGACUGCAAAUGGAAGUCCAGCGGCGACUUCACGAAACCAUAGAGAUCCAACGCCAGCUCCAGCUCCAGAUCGAAGCUCGCCUCCAGCUAAUGCACGACGGCGAGCUCAAGCUCAAACACACACAAACCAAGAGCAUUCAAAGCGAGGACAAGGGAGAACCAGAGGCCACUUGUUCUUCCAAACGCGACGAAGUCGUUGCCGAGGCGGCGGCGAAUCCACGCCUCGCAGUGCCAAAGACGAAAAGGCCACUGGAUCACGAGGAAGAUCACACGGAAGAAACGAGCGAAGUUACGUGUAACAACGCGACUGUCUCACCCAAAAGACGGCUCAAACUAUCACAACCUGGAGCGAGCGAGAGCUCAGUGGUCUCACACUGAAAAACCAGCUUUCGUGUAACAUAGUAGCCAUAGAUUUUCUUUCGCGGCAAUCAAUCCAGAGUACAUAAAAAUUCUUCUUUUCA